AUGAAAAAGUGCGGUCAUCCUUUACGCUUUGACCCGUCGACUGAUGAUAGUGAUGUAGUCUCUUGUACUAUGUUCAAGAUUUUGCGAUAUCGGUCGCUGCUGCGGGGACGGUCUCAUGUUGUAGGCCUCGCUGCAGUCGACUUGGACAGGCCCGUUCAAGCAGCUAGGGCUAUCGAAAAGGCGGUCAAAGAGGAUGGCUUCGUCGGAGUUCGUAUAAUGCCAUGGCUUUGGGAUAGACCGCCGACCCACGAGACUUACUAUCCUAUUUACUUGAAGUGCGUUGAACUGGGAGUUCCCUUGUGUACACAGGUUGGUCAUACAGGUCCAGCACGGCCCAGCGACACUGGUAGGCCGAUACCAUACAUCGAUAGAGUCGCUCUCCACUUCCCCGAGCUACGUAUUGUUUGUGGACAUAUUGGACAUCCCUGGUUAAGCGAGAUGAUGUCAGUGAUGUGGAAGCAUGAUAAUAUAUAUCUUGACACGAGCGCAUACCUCCCAAAGAUGUAUGGCAAAGAUCUGCUAGCCUAUAUGUGUUCUAAGUCUGGUUUCAAGAAGGUUAUGUUUGGCACCAACUUCCCUCAGCUUGAUUUGAAGAAGUGCAUGCAGCAGGUGCACGAGCUAGGCUUACCGUCAGAGAUCAAGGAUCGUUUCCUAACCACCAACGCUCAAAGGGUCUUCAAUUUGCCGCAACGCAGAUUGGCAGAGGACAGAGGACAGAGCAAGUUGUGA